GUGAUUGACAAUCUCGUGGCCGUAGGCUAUGACAACGGCAGUCUUGGGAUGGUGGGAUAUGAUUGGCGCAUGAGUUUUGGCGGGAACGAGAAACGGGACGGCUCUCUCAGCAAAAUCAAAGCAACGAUUGAGUUCCUCUAUACACUGAAUGGCGAUAAGAAA